AUGGAUCCCAAGGUAUACGACAUACUAUGCAUUGGAGGCGGUCCCGGUGGGCUUGGAGUUGCCAUGACGGUCUCCCGUCAGGACUUUUCCGUGCUCGUUCUGGAUUCUGGGGUCUAUAGAAACGCUCGCUCGAAGCACAUGCACAUGGUGGCUGGCUUUGAUCAUGUCGAUCCCGCUGCCUUUUUGCAAAAGACGCGUGGAGAUCUCCAGGAGCGCUAUGAAAACUUUGAAUUCAAAUCUGCGACGGUCAAGACGGUGCGAAAGCUUGAGAGCGGCAUCUUUGAAGCAGAAGAUGAGCAGGGAGUGAUAUAUCAAAGCAAGAGACUUGUCUUAGCUACCGGGGUCAAAGACGUGAUGGAAGACAUCCCCGGAUACGAGCAGGCAUGGGCUUACGGAAUAUUCCACUGCCUGUUUUGCCACGGUUAUGAAGAGCGCGGUGCAUCUUCUUCUGGAGUGCUGGCCAUCGGCCACGCGGCAGACCCGGAUGUUGUCGAGCGUAUUGCUAAGAUGGCCAAGAGAUUAUCGAAGAGCGUAACGGUCUACACAAAUGGCGACAGUGAGCUCUCGACGCAAUCCGAGGCCCAGCUGAACAGCAGUAAGAUCCGCUUUGACAACCGAAAGAUCGCCAAACUCGCGCCCGUGGGAAGUGGCCCCGAGGUGGAUGUCAUCUUUGACGACGGCAGCUCCCAGAGAGAAGGGUUUCUCUCUCACCUGCCCAGAUAUGAGCAGAGGUCAUCCCUGGCUGCACAGCUUGGGCUCGAGAUGGAGGAGUCGGGUGUGAUCAAGGUUGAGCCACCCUUCAAUAAGACAAGCUUGCCCGGGUGCAUGGCUGUCGGUGAUGCAGCCACGCCGUUUCAGGGUGUAUUGCAAUCCUUGUACAUGGCUGCCGGCUCAGGCAGUGGCGUAGCGGCCUAUUUGCAGGAUGAGCUGGAUGCGGCGGAUGAACUAUAA